UAGCCUAGCAGCUAGCUGUGUGUUAGUUCCGUCACUGAGGCUCUUCAUGUCUUUAACUGACGGUCAAACUGUCCGUUCAGAAGUCCCUUUGAAAACUGCUGAUUUAACACCGCAGCUGGAACAUUGUAGAGAUGGUACAAAGGAGAGCUUCAACAUGAGCAGCCAAGCGGCAGUUAAACCCAAAGAGCAGGAGGCGAAGGACGAGGAGGAGGAUUUCUACGACUGCCAGGAGACUCUGGAUUCUGGAGGCCGAGGAGGAGGAGAGGACUUUAAAACUGACAGACUGACUGACAGAAGAGAGACAGAGAGUGAGGGAGGAGGAGGAAGACAGGAGCAGGGCGACAGGCUGCAGGAGGAGCAGGGCGACAGGCUGCAGGAGGAGCAGGGCGACAGGCUGCAGGAGGAGCAGGGCGACAGGCUGCAGGAGGAGCAGGGCGACAGGCUGCAGGAGGAGCAGGAGGAGCAGGGCGACAUGCUGCAGGAGGAGGAGCACGGCGACAGGCUGCAGGAGGAGCACGACUCCGACUCUGAGCUCAAUGAGGAGAAGAUCCCGGAGGUGGAGUUUGACGAUGACUACCUUAGGGAGGUGGAGAAGGAGCUGACUGAGGAGGAGAAAGAGAGUCGACGGCAGCAAAGUUUAACUCUGAAGGAAAAUGGCAAUGGCCAGUUUAAAGCUGGAGACUGGCCGGAGGCUCAGCGGAGCUACACGGAGGCGUUGGUUUUAUGUCCAGUUUGUUUCAGCCGAGAGAGAGCCGUGCUGUUCUCCAACAGAGCUGCUGCAAGACUACACCUGGAUCUGAAGGAUCAGGCGAUCUCAGACUGCACCAGAGCGAUCGAGCUGAAUCCAGACUAUGUGCGGGCAUUGCUGAGGAGGGCGGAUCUUCACGAACAGACGGAGAAGCUGGACGAGGCUCUGGAGGACUACAAGAAGGUUCUGCAGCUGGACCAGACCCAUAGCUGUGCCAGACAGGCCUGCAUGAGGUUGCCUCAGCAGAUUCAGGAGAGAAAUGAGAAGUUAAAGGAGGAGAUGAUGAGUAAACUGAAGGACCUCGGGAACCUCGUUCUGAGGCCGUUCGGACUUUCGACCAACAACUUCCAGAUGAACCAGGACGCAGACACCGGGUCAUACUCCAUCAACUUCGUCCAGAACCCAAACAACAACAACAGAUGACAUAAUUUUGUGUUCAGAGGAAAAUAAAGCUGAUUGAUUUGUUUGCUGUU